GCGCAAACCACCCCCACGGCUGAGCUUGAUGAUUGGGCAAUGGCCAGCUGAUUGUCAAACUCUCGCGGAGCGGAAACAACUGCAAAGACUCGAAGAAAGAAAGUGAAAUUGUGUUGCUGUGAAACUCCUCACGAUGGAAAUCCGUUCCUUAUUCAUUUUGGUGGUAUUUGUGUGGUGUUUGGGAUGCUCCUGCGUGAAUUCUGAAAGUGAGAUAAAGCACAAUGUGACUGUGCCAAAAUCGCCAACAACGCAAGAAACCAAAUUACAAGUUCCUGUGGAGCCUGUGCAGAACCACACAACAGUGAAAGUGCAUCCCGCUACUGCUGCACCCAGUGCUUCAUCCUCGCCGGGGGUUGUUGUAAUUACUCCCAAGCCUAAGACUACUACAGCCAGCCCGCCUGUGGUUACUUCUGCCGCAGCUUCCGCGGUAACGACAGAACAAGCUGAAAGGAAAGUGAAAGGACGAGAAGGAGUCGUAGACGAUAAAAAACAAUUGAGCGAAAAGACUGAUGCGGGAGCCAAUAAGACAAUGCCGGCAACUGCUAUUCCUACGAAGCAAACGGCUGAAGACAAGACUGCAAAUGCCACUUCCAUUACUGAGGCUCCGCAUAAAGUUGCUGUGAAUGCGACGACCCCUUCGCCACCAACGAAUGCAACAUCAACUACACCAUCCACUACGUCAAGUACCACCCCGUCUACAACGACUACGACAACUACCACGACCACUACUACCACCACCACCACAACAACAACAACGACAACAACCCCGAAACCCAAGAAACCCACAAUCACUUACAGCAUUGAGGACGAACCUUCCAUUGCCAAUGUGACCCGUGGGAAACUGCACGAUCGUCCUGGCAAGUUAAGCGUCGACGAACCUGACCUUCCGAUCGCCCAACCAUCUAUGGACAUGGCCAUGCCCUCGACCAAACGCAAUUACUUUGUUUCGAUCGUGGCCCUGAUCUUUGCUCUCCCAAUACUAAUGGGAGCCAUCAUCGUGAUCGUUCGUCGCUUCAAGGACUACUGGUCUACCCGGCACUACCGAAGGAUGGACUUCCUGGUCGAUGGGAUGUACAAUGAUUGACGAUUUCGUUAUCGCAGCUGACCUACUGGUAUCCGGAAGUAUCUCUUUCAAUAUUUUUCGUUCCAUUUCAUUGUUUUUAUCUAGGAGGCUAUCACUUCCAGUAGAUUUAAGGGGUGCAAUCGUUGGUCAAUUAUUAUGUUGCCAAAUUUUUCGCGUAAUUUCCAGAGUAAAGGAACAAUAAAAAACUAUUUUUCAUAUUAGGUAGUAAUGAAAAUUCGUACAAACGCAAGAGAGAAUGAAUUCCGCAAGUUUGGAGACGAAAAGUCAUUUUGCAGCUCCAUUUUUGUAAUGUUUAACUUUUUGGACGAUGUUUUGUUCACCUCAUCAGUUCUCGAAAAUCUAAAUUAGAAUUCAAGAUACACAACAGGUUUCAUUGCUAAUCGUGAUUUUAGGGCGACAAUUUUUCAUUUCAAUAUUAAUAUUCUCUUUUCUACAAAAAGCAACAGGUUCUGUUUUCAAUUAAACCUAGUAAAUUUCAUUUAGCCGCCUAUGAUAGCAUAGCCAGGGUAAAACUACACGGCCAUGAGAGAAUUCGGCAUCCCGACGA